AUCGGGAGUGGACUCUAAAAGCAGGAACCGGGCUGCACCCGCGCCAGAGACAUGGGCCUCGAGAAGGAGACGGCAGAUGCCCGCAUCUUUAUGGAUGAACAUGAACUGAGUCACAGCACUGUCCCCAUGCUGACUGAGAAAUCCUUCCACAACAGCCACGACCGUGAUCCCAAGAGGUUGAACUCCCACCUGAAGAUAACAUUUGAGGAUGUGAUUGGAGAGCCGGAUACAACUCACAGCUUCGACAGGGUCUGGGUGUGCAGCACAGCUCUGUUUGAGAUCAGCAAAUACCUGAUCUACAAGGUCCUGACUGUCCUACUUGCUGUGCCGCUGGCAUUUGUUGUGGGAAUUCUGUUUGCAGUGCUCAGCUGCCUACACAUUUGGAUUAUGAUGCCUUUCGCAAAGAGCUGUAUGAUGAUGUUGCCCUCUGUACAGAAGAUAUGGAAGGGUGUGACAGAUAGCUUUAUUGCUCCCAUAUUUGCAAGCAUGGGACGAUGUUUUUCUAAUGUUAACAUUCAGCUGGAUCGGGAUUAAUCCUCUGUACCCCUCGGUAAUACUGAAUGUGUCUGCCUUCCUGGUGCUUAAUCACUCUGCUCCGUCAUGUACCAUGAUCAGAUGAAAUGAAGCUGCUCAUAGUUUAUGCCCUUAACACCAUCUGUUUCAAUUCUGCUUAAAACUGAAACCCUGGUUCAAGUCUAGUAACCAAUUAAGAAUGUCAGAAUUUGUAUAAUUUACCACCUUAUCAGUGGGCGUGUACUCAAAAGGGCAUAGUAUGUCCAUUCAACAAUGUGGGGCAUAAACUAUUCCCAUGCAGCAAUGUCAUUUUGUAUUUCUUAUGACCCCAUUUUUUCUUAAACUGACAUCACAUGUGUGGGUAAAUAUGUAUUAAAAGGGCACAUGUUGGCUAAAAAUAUUAUCCCCAACCAAUGGUUCAGGCUAAUACAGCCCACACUCUGGUUUGGGGUAACAGUAGUUUGUUUGUUUUUUAAAUUCCCCCAACCAGCAACAGGCCACCCGCACCGGGAGGGAGCUACAGGUGAGAGCAGCCAUGUUGGGGCAUACCCAUGUGCAUAAUUAGAGAUUACCGCAACUUGAUCAUUAUGAGCAUGAUAUCAAAAGCUGUGACUGAUAUGGCUGCUCACACCAGGCGCUCCCGUUUCAAGUGUCCUAGCACUGGCGGGGGGGCAAUUUUUUUACAAAAAAAAAAAAUGUGCCCCAUGUUGGGGCACAUAUAUUCGCAUAAUGAGUAAAUGCAGUAACUUUCUCAUUAUGCUCAUGCGCGUGACGUAAGAACCACAUUUGCAUAUACCCUCUGAGUGAUUUUUUUUCUUCGCUGAAAAUUAUCAGAAAAACUCCAAUUUUUUUUUUGGAUUGCACUUUCAACAAUUGUGGUUUCAAAAACCUCUGAAUUGACCUAAAUAAGCCUCCGCAUAUAGUCCAUUGUGGAUUUUGACCCCAAUAAGACUGAAAUGAUAGGGUGAAUGCUUAUUUGCUAUGCUGAAUAACAGCAGUGAGUCUGUCAAUGAAGACUUGUAACAUAAGCCAAGGGAACCUGACCACAUUUUGGAUUACAAAAGAGCAUUUUAACCUAAAAUGUCUCAAAGACACUGUCUAACUCAUAUACAAAUUGAACCCCCAUUUUACGUUUUUCAGUGGACCGCAAAAAAAUGACGUAAAAUCCAGGAAAAUGUAAAAUCAGGGAAAUGUAUUAAGCAUAAUAUAUAAGUGGGACCAAUAAACAACAAUGUAAAAUGAGGGAAAACUUAAAAUCAGGGGAUGUAAAAUUGAGGUUUCACUUUAGUUGGUUUCUUGAGAAUCCCCUAUGGCAGAACUCUACUCUAUUACUGAACAUUUACAUCCAAUAAUUAUGCCAUUGAGAACAAGCCUUGUUUUGCUACUGGAUUUUAUGCUACCCUUCUACUGAUCUUAGCUAACUGGCAUUAAACGAAACCUUGAUAUCAAGCCUAUGCAGAACUGAUGUAACAUAUUUCUGGAAAAUGUUCAGUUAAGAAACUUACAGACAAUACUAAGACUCAAAGUGAUAUCUUAUACAGAUCACGUAUUUAAUGUUUAUGUACUAAUGGCACAAUGUAAAUAUCGUGUUAAUUAUAUUAGAGCAAUGCACUGAAAUAAUUCUAUCUGUAGAGUUUAAAGAAAUAUAUUGAAACAUUUCUUAACAUGCGUGUGUAUCUAUGGAGUAUUUAUUUAAAGAGUAUAAAAUCUAUUUCUAUAUGAGCCGUUGCUAUACCAGUAAUCUUUAGUUAAUGGAUCCCCAGCUGUUGCAUGGGAUCAUGUGUCUUCGGUUGACAAUCAUUGUUCAAUACUGCUGUAAAUAAAAUAGAAGUCAAA